AUGUCCGUCGCGUCCCUCUACAGGACAUGCCAUCGCGAAAUACGCCGCUUCCCAGAUAGCUAUCUGAGGGAAUUCUUUCUGCUGAAGUUGAGGGAUGAUUGCCAUACUAUCCUGCACACGAAGGGCAACGAUGAGUUACGCUCACGCAGACUGAAGCGUCUGGGGAAGGAAGCUAAGAGAUUGCAUGCCGCAAACCAAAGGAAUGUCGUGGCGUACGACAAGCUUCUGAGCAUAGCCUACGGCAGGAUGGGCAAGCUCAAGUACGAGCUCAUGGAGCCCCUUCUCACAGACCCUUCCGCCCCACCACCACCUCCUCUCAUCCCCGGCGUCGAGCGCUCCCGCCCCCCGGUUUACUCUCGCGAACUCAAAGCCCUCCUCACCAGCGGCAUCUCCCACACCACCCGCCCCCUGCUUCCCGAAGACAUCCAGCGCCCGAAAGUUCUUGGUGGCAGGGAGGACCCCAAGUCCGAGGAGUCCCGCAUUUACGGACCCCUGAGCAAACGCCGGGAGGUGAAUCUGCGAAAGAAGUUCUUCGCGGAGGAAUGGAAGAAGGUGAAUGCGCCGCUGGAAGUGGUCGCGGAGAGGCCGUUGCAGGAGAAGGGGACAGCGCAGGAUGUGCUGGACAGGGCGGGCAUACGGGGCUUUGGCUUCCAGGGUCUCGGGCUGUUCGCGCAUAUCGAACGGAUGGCGGGCAAGCGGAAGGUCGAAGACGAAGCCGGGACGACUGCGACCCCGGCGAAGCAACCCUCAUACUGGCUACGACGACGUUAUCAAGUGCUUCUCGGCCGUAUACCCAUCCUGACGGGGUUCGUUCGCACGCAAAAGCCCAACCAGACUGGGAAGAACCUCACGAAGGGCAAGGACGCUAUAUCGUACUCCGUCAACAUGGCGGACUACGCAGUCAGACCCAGCAAAUCACGAACACCGGACCAGAUGCCAGAAUUGACGGCGGACCAUCUGGCCUGGUACGACUCAGCGGAGCGUACCAGUACUAAAUCCAAGUCUGGCAAGCGGGCCAAGUAG